GUGCCAAACACACCGGUCGCAUAGAAUACGCCACGCUCGAGGUUUGAGAGGGAGAAGACGGCAGCAGAAAUACCAAAUCGCCUGCAGCUGCUGCAAUCGACCGAAUGGCAUAAAAGCCGCUUCUUAUUGUCUGCUCUCCAUUUGUCUCAUUCUCUCUCUCUCUCUUACCCUUUUCUCCCUUGUUUUCUUCCUUUUCCAAACUUCUUCCGCUGUAGGCAUCUCCCCUCUAAAAUGGCAAUUCUUCUCCAUCCUUCUCCGUUUUCUUCUUUGUCCUCUCUCCUUCUUCCACAACAAAAUCCUAUCUCUUUUCUCAGCUUCAAAAUCGCAGAAUUCUCUACUUCGAAUCGCUGGAAGGAGCUCUGGAGGAGCGGCAACGGCAUCUUGAGCAGUUCCUCGCUGUGGUGGAAGGGUUCAAACGCUCCUUCCCUUUCUUUGUUCUUUUUCCUUCGAAGGUCAGAGCUUAGAUCAGUUUUCCUUUCAAAAUCCUACAAUUCUGCCGCAGAUUGCUGGAAAGAGCUCGGAAGGAGCGGAAAUGGUGUCUCUGAAGUAGUUCUGUUUGAAGUGUGUCUCUUUCUCUGCUCCUUUUUGUUGAAAAGUCAAACCUGAGAUCGCUUCUCGGAGUUGAAACUGUAGACAUCUGAUGUAUAUCUGUGUUUAUCGAUUCUCCUCCUUUUCUUCUAGACAAAAACUCUAGAUCGCUUCUCAUAUUCGAAACCCAAAGUCACCAGGAGUGGAAAUGGCAUCUCUGCAGGAGCUUCUUGCAGAGGAAGGGUUUAGAGGUGGGAAAACGUCAUUGCGUUCCUCAGGGACCUUUUUCGGAUUGAAGGCUGUAAGUAUGCCGCUUUAUCUUUACCAUGAACAGAGUCCUGUAGCUUCUGCACCAAAUGUUGGAAUUAGGACUGAAAGGACUAGGUCCGAUGUUUCUAAGCAUGGAUCUAGAAUCGAAUUGCAGAAAAAUGAGAGAGCCAGAGUUAGGAGAUCUAGGACUGAUCUGCAUGAAAUUGAGAGGUUGGUCGUCGAAUCUAAGAAAAGCAUGCGGGAUAUUAAGAUAGAUGAAGAAAGAGAAUGUGAUGAUCUCCGUGAUGAUGAUAUAUUGAGUGUUAGAUCAUCUGGAAAUUUUCGGUAUAAAGUGAGGAAUAAUACCGAAUUCCUGCCAAACACAAAGUUAGAUGAUAGGAGUUGGAAACAUGUGCAUGAAAAUGAGAGUUUCAGUGAUGGGUCUUUGAAUGAAUCUCAGGAACAUGAUAGAGUGAAAGAUAAAUUUAUCAAUGAUUUGCAGGAAACUGAGAGUUAUGAAGAAAGAACUAGGAAGGAUUUACUGAGAGAUGAGAGACAUGGAAAUAGAUCUACGAAACACCUAAUGGUAAAAAUGAGCUCUAGCAAAAACUCUCGUAAUAGAAGCUCACAGAAUAACAAAAAGUCUGGUGAGCUUCAGUCUCAGAGGCAGCUGAAACUCGAACAGAUGGUUUCUGAACCUGCACUCGAUGAAGUUGCUAUCCAAGCUAUGAUUUCAAUCCUUAGUGGUUAUAUCAGACGUUUUCUCAAAGACAAGAAUUUCCGAUCAUCGCUUCGUCACAAUUGUAUGUCUUGUCUAAAUUUCACAAAAACAAGGGAAGGUGCAAACAGUGCAGUUGCAGUCAAUCUCAAACAGGCAAUCGAAGGAGUAGAAAGAGUUGCCGAGGAAUUGGGAAGUCCGAAGGAAUUGAAGAAAGUUUCUUUACAGCUGAGCGUCAUUGCUGGCUUGAAUUCAAAGGAUUUAAAGGACGGGUUUACAUCUGGGAUUUCCAAUUCACAUUUGGCCGCCUGUGCCCAUCUUUACCUUAGUCUGAUUUAUAAGCUCCAGAAGAAAGAUAGGGCUUCAGCGAAGCAUCUUCUGCAGGUUUUCUGUGACUCACCCUUUCAAGCACGGAUGACUUUGUUGCCCGAUCUGUGGGACCAUCUUUUCCUUCCUCAUCUUUCACAUUUGAGGGUGUGGUAUGAUCAAGAAGCUGAGGCCAUAACAAAAUCAUCGAGCAAGCCGAGGAAAAUAAAACUUCUUGAGAAAGUGUAUAAUGAAAUAUUGGAUAGUGGUACUUAUCAGUUUGCAGUUUAUUACAAGGAAUGGCUUACUGCUGGAACUGAAGCCCCUCCCCUUCCAUCUAUUCAUAUCCCUAAAACAUCUGUUUUCGGAGUUUCACGAGGUGGUUCACAUGGACCAUCUCCUGAGCCAGAAUCCAGUCCAGUUCGUUCUAUCUCUUCUCAGCCAAUGAUCAGCAAAAGAUUAUAUGAAGCUGUUUUUGGUCGUUCUAAUACAUUGAAUGGAACUGAUGAAUUUAAGGAUGGAAAAGGGGAGGAGAAUUUUAGUACUGGCAUGAGAAGCUUUGAUGGUUCCAUUGAAGAAAAUGACAAUGUAAGAACUUACUCUCCAAAGCCUGAAACUUAUACGGGACAACACAUGGUAGAAGACCCAAGAAAGAAGUCACCCAAGGCUGCAUCUCUUCAUGAAGAUGGACUGUUAUUGACACCUGACAAUGAAUGGGGAUUGCAUCAAGUGGCUGCUGAGUUAACAGAACUUGAAGAAGAAGCUGACCUUACAAAGCUUUCCCAGAACAACUCUGGGAGCACCAUGAUGCUGCAUCUGCCUUCACAUACAAAAGCAAAUGAGCUUACUCUUAAGAAGCUAGCAAAAGCUAUUUUCCAACAGCAGAACAGGGAUUCCCCAGAUUCCGUUGACCCUGAUUCUCUGUUGCAGUCAAAGUGCAUGCCAGUGUUCGAUUUGUAUAAUGAUCAAAGCAGCAUACAAUCCUGUACAAAAUGUAACUUCACUAAAGCAGGGUUGGCAUCUACAACCUUGAAUGUUGACUUGCCCACAACGAAUUCUAGUGCAGGGCCCUGUAGAAGUUCUGAACAUUUUGAAAGAAGCUCUUACUUCUCUAGUAUUCCCAAGGAUUUCAUCUGCCCUUUAACAGGCCAGUUGUUUGAAGACCCUGUGACAAUAGAAACUGGUCAGACCUUUGAGCGAGUGGCCCUUAAGGAAUGGCUCGAUCGAGGCAACAGAACAUGCCCAGUGACUGGGAAAACUCUAGGGUCUAGAGCAAUUCCAAUCACUAAUUUUGUCUUGAAGCGAAUUGUUGAUGGGUGGAAAUCUGAACAUUGUAGAAAUCUCUUGGUCUUUGCCAAUCAGAUAGCUGGUUGCUCGAUUAAACAUGUAGAUAGAUCCAAGGACGAAGCAGCUUUAUUCAUAUUGGAGCAACUUCUCAUUGGUUUCAACUCAGAAGAAGCAAUGGAGAAUGCUAAACACCUCAUCUCUCUUGGAGGCUUGCAGUUCCUUGUCCAGAGGUUUGAAUUUGGGGAUUUGGAUGAGAAAACACGUGUCACUGCACUUCUAUCAUGUUGCAUCAAGGCUGAUGGUGGUUGCAGAAAUUACUUAGCAAGAAACAUUAAAGAAUCAUGUCUUAUUGAGCUCCUCCAUAGUAAGCAAGUUAGAUCAAGAAAAAAUGCUGUGUUGCUGCUGACUGAACUGAUUUGCCUCAACAGGAGGACGAUUGUAACAUCAUUCUUGAAUGGCUUGCAGAAAGAGGGGAUCAUGAAUACCCUGCAUGUUCUUCUUGUCUACCUCCAGAGCUCCUCAUUUGAGCAAAAACCCCUGGUCUCCGUACUUCUCUUGCAUUUUGAUCUUCUGGUAAGCUGGGCACAGACCAAAGGGCUCAAUGUUGAAACACAGGCUCUAUCUACCAUUGAACUACGGAGUCGAACCCAACUGGUGGUGACUCAAAUUGAUUCAUUUUCCCAGAUUUACCAAAUUAUUUCAUCGUUAUGUAUAGAAGAGUGACCAGUUAUUUUGCUGUGCAAAAAAUGUUCAUGGUAUCUUAAGAUGUGAGGAAAAUUCUGUAGCACAAUUUCUUGUAACUAUGCUAUUGAAAUUCACUUAUCAUUUUUAUUGUGCAUGGAGCUCUUCUCUCUCACCCAUGCAUUUUUUUUCCUUAUCAAUUUCCAUCUGCAUAUUUUUAUUUUAACAUUAUUAUGAGGGUUUCUUUUGAGGAAAAUGUAGUAGAACAGUUUUUUGUACAUAUUUCUUAUUUUAAAAUUAUGAGGGUUUCUUUUGCUUGUUUCAGGAUUGUCUCUCCACUUAGCAAAUUUCGGCAAAAACUAGAAUCCAUAUAGUGCUGUUUGGAUUGUUUUUUGAGAUAAAUGCAUGGCCAUUUUCCUUUUCAUUAUUUACUGUUAUGUACUCGAAUGGUCAUAAAAGGUUGAAGAUCCAUUCCAAAGCUUCCAUAUUACUGGUCAUUGUUGAUAAUCUCUGGUAUUGUGUAUUUUCUAAAAAAAAAUUAAGGUAGUUUUGAAUUCUGAUAGGGACAAUUUUGAAUUUAGUAGUAUUUUCAUCCUCUGAAAAACUGGAAUGUGCAGCUUGUUUAUGCUCUUUCUUCCCAGGAUGACGCCUUAUUUUUCAUUUUUUAAAGCAACAAUGAAGCAAGUAUAUCUAACUUUGAUAGAGCAUUCUUAUCAUCACUGAUUGACAUUUCUAUCUGAGAUAUCUAAAGGAUGAUGGAAGUGCCCCUUGAGAUUGAAUUAUCUUUGAAAAAAAAGCUUGAGUCGUCCAAAUCUACAGAUGGGUGAUUUUGAAUUUUAAAGAGUUCUGUUUUCAAAAUUUGGAACCUUAGUACUUGGACAAAAGUGGACCCUAGUAAACUUUAGAUUGAGCCAACAAGGAAUUUGAUAUUUAUUGGA